ACAUCAACAACAACAAAAUAUCUCUCUAAAACUAAGAAAUGGGUCGUAGAAAAAUAGAGAUAAAACGUAUUGAAAAUAGCAUCGAAAGGAAAGCGAUGUUUUUAAGACUCCGAGAUGACAUUUUUAAGAAGGCUAAUGCACUCGAAAAGCUGUGUCAUGUGGAAGUUGCUGUCUUGGUCAUCUCCCCCACAAAUGUACCGUACACAUACGGUAAUCCAUGCUUCAACGAUGUGGUUGAGCAUAUCCAAAAUCCUAGUGCUUCGUCCAAAAUCGUUAGUCUCAUGAAAGAAUUGGAAUGUAUCAAAGAGCUUGAGGAGGUUUGGACGAAGAGGCAACAAAGAAACCGUGAAAAGUCCAAUAUGAAGGGGAUUGUUGAUCUGAAAUUGGAGGAAAUAGUUGCUUUCAAGAGGAAACUCGAAGCUUUUCAAGUAGGUUUAAAGAGGAAAAUUGUAGAGAUGGAGGAUUUGUCUUCUCCAUCGAUGGUCUCAAAGAAAACAAAGAAGAGAAGACAAGGACCGAGUUUUAUUCCGGACAGAGCAGGGCUUCGGCCCAUAAUUCCUCAGAACUAUUUAGAAUAAUCGUUAAAAAAGUAAAAAAGAUAUAAUUAUUUAUAUUAUAUAAGAUCGUUUAUCGUUUGGGUUUUUCUUUCAAAAAGUCUAUGGAAUACUUUGGUUGUUGUAAUUGAAGGAAGUUGUGUCCUUCAUCUUGUUGUCUUUUUAUUCGGAUUUUCAUAAUGAUAUGUUUUUUCUUAUAAAUAAUUUACAAUAUAUGUGAUCAUGUUUCGAGUAAUUUGGCAUAAAGUCUCACCUGAGUU